AGCACAGAUCAGCAGCUUUACCACUCAGCCACGCCGAGCUGAUGUCCGGCGCACAGAUGCGCUUAUAUCCGAGGCAGCUCAUCCUUUCUGCGUUCAGACGCUCUGAGAUCGGCCAAGAUGGGUGGAGAGUUCUUCAUAUCGUGACUGUUAAAGAUAAGCGACUCGCUUUAAACGCAGACUGAUUCAACUUUACGUAAUCAGAAGAUUUAAGACAACCAGCGAAUGAAAAGAUGAGGAUAACUCCCAGUGCUGGACAUUUAAGUGGUGUUUCCCCUGAUCGGAAUCGAUGGGGUUUGCAUUACGUAGCGCUGCUGUGUUUGCUGUCUUCUCCUGUCAGGACAGAUGACGCCUGUCCGUCCUCCUGCAGCUGUGCCAGGGAUUCGGGGACUGUGACCUGCUUACCCGGCGGAGGGCAAACCGAUCUCCCUGCAGACAUACCGAGAUGGACGUCCACUUUGAUACUUAAAGGUAGAAACAUCUCAACUUUACCUCAAGGCGCGUUCACUGUCAAUGGCACAGAGUUGGAAAUGGUGACGCUCUCCCUUUCCUACAACGGGAUCCAGAUAAUUGAGCCUUACGCUUUCCUGGGACUUCAUCGCUUACAUCUUCUAGAUCUGAGCCACAAUCAGCUGGAGAUCAUUUCAUCAAGGGCUUUCCAUGGACUGUCGGAGCUGCGCUCUCUUUUCCUCAAUUACUCCUUUUCCCCCGGUGCCACAGGGCAGCUUUCCGGUGCGCUCAGUGCGCAAAGUUUGCGUAAUCUCCACAGACUGGAGCUAGCAGGGAAUAAGCUGAAGUUUAUACCCAUAAAAAGGUUAGAUAUCUAUAACCUGCACGCUUUAGUGCUCAUAAAUAACUCAAUAGAGAAUCUCGGAAGAGAAAACAUAUCCAGCUUUUAUCAACAAAGGCGCAUACGCGUCUAUUUGGCUUUAAAUCCGUUUCGCUGCAACUGUGAACUAGAGGUGUUUUACUACUGGUUAAAAAACUCAUCGCAGUGUCAGGAUGCUGAGCGGGUGAUUUGCAGUGAACCGGAAGCGCGGAGGGGGAUCCCGGUGGCAAAGCUCCGAGGAGAGGACGUGGAUUGUAUGAACGAGAACCUGGAGGCAGUCUCCUACGUUUUCCUUGGCAUAGUCCUGGCUCUGAUUGGAGUGGUGUUCCUAAUGGUCCUGUAUCUCAAUCGGGGAGGCAUCAAACGGUGGCUCAAUAACAUUAGAGAGGCAUGCAGGGACCAGAUGGAGGUUUACCACUACCGCUAUGAGCAGGACUCAGAUCCCAGGCUGGCCAAUGUGGCUGUUUAACUUCGUGGGCAA